UUUAGUUAUUGCCUUUCUCUUCCCGAGUAUUUAUCCACCUCUAGCACUUGUUUAUUUAUGAAUGGGGAAUAAACAGAGCUGUUCCCUUUUUUUCUCCCUCCUUUUAUUUGAGGAAGAACCAUUGAUUCUCUGUCUUCGUAUAGUGUCUUUCUGUGUUCCCUCUUCAAAGCCGUCCUCCUCCUGUCCUCAUCCAGUUACUCUGGCUCGGCUUGUUUGUUGUCGGGUAACGCUGUUGCUGGGGACGAUGUCAGAACACAUUCCGCUCUCAAUAGCCCUGUGUAGGAUUGGCUUUUACACGUGUCUCCAGAAGUUGUGCUGUAAGGCCCCUCAUCCACCUAGACCGGAGUAUGAUGUUAUGUGCAUUGGACUGAGCGGUGCCGGCAAGACCAGUCUGCUAUCUCGCUUGUGCAAUGAGAUCAGUGAUGGCACGGUACCAACCACAGGUUUCAGCAUCAAGGCAGUGCCAUUCGAAAAUGUGAUACUGAAUGUGAAGGAACUGGGAGGAGCUGAGACCAUCAAGAAAUACUGGAGCCGAUAUUAUCAAGGUUCCCAAGGUGUGGUGUUUGUCCUCAACAGUGCCACAUCAGACGAAGAGAUGGAGGCGUCCCGGUCUGAGCUUCUCUCGGCCAUGCAGCAUCCUCAGCUGUGCACCCUUCCUUUCCUCAUUCUCGCCAACCACCAGGAUUCACCAGCUGCCCGCUCUGUAUCGGAGAUUCAGAAGUACUUUGAAUUGCAGCCGCUGGCCCGAGGGAAGCGCUGGAUUCUUGCAGGCAGCACAAUGAACAACAUGGAGGCCGUGAAGGAAAGUUUCAGUCAACUCAUCCGCCUUUUGGAAGAGAAGGAGGUGCUACCUAGCAGGAUAUGAUUCAAUCAAACUUCAAAGUGGAAAGUGGGUUUGAAGUGUUGUUUGCUAGAAGGAUUUUUUUUUUGACCUUGUCGUCGUUUUAUAACCCACUGGAGACAUAGAUGCAAAUUGCCACAUGUUUUGAUGAGCUGACUGACAUAUUUGUUACCCUCAGGUCAAGGGCCACACAUAUGCUGAUUUAGUAGCAGGUGAACCAAAGUCCUUUAAAGAGAUCAGGUUUUAAAUGUAAUUUGAUAUUUGAUAACAAAAUUGUUGUUUAUUAGUUGGUUGUCAUGUGGUGUGAGUGUGGAAUUUAUGUAAAUAAUAUAUUGUACAUGCAUAUAUACAUACAAUAUAUGUAUGAACUAA